UCUCAGUUUCUUAUUAUUACUAUAAACUUCGCCUUCGCGAACGUAACCAUAACGAAUCUCAUCUCCCCGCGUUUCUCUCAGAGGAGUCUAUAUCAAUAUCAAUGGGGAAGGAAGUUGUUAGCCAGUUCACUUGGGUGAUUAGGAACUUCUCCUCUCUGCAGUCCGAGAAAGUUUAUUCUGAUGUUUUUACUGUCAGUGGCUGUAAAUGGCGUCUUCUUGCCUUUCCUAAAGGAAAUGGUGUUAAGUGUUUGUCUCUGUAUCUGGCCGUUUCUGGUAGUCAAUCAUUGCCCUAUGGAUGGAGAAGACGAGCAGAACUGUGCUUAAGUGUAGUGAAUCAAGUUUCUGAAGAACUCUCCCAAACUAAAGUUACAUACCACUGCUUUGACGCGAAGGACUUCGACUGGGGAUUUACGACAAUGCUUCCACUUGACAAAAUUCAUGAUAAAAAUGGUGGGUUCCUGGUAAACGGAGAGCUCAAAAUUGUUGCUGAGGUAUAUGUUCUUGAAGUUAUUGGAAAACUAGAUGAAGGUGGAGGGGAAUCCGAAUCAGUGAACAUGUUAGAGGGGGAUGAUGGUGCGGAGUCUAAUGAUUUACUUGAGGUUUCAGUAAAUGAAAGCACAGACGUCAAUGGCUUUCAAGUCCUUCCUUCACAGGCCGAAUCCCUGAGCCUUAUAUUUGAGAGACACCCUGACAUUGCAUCAAAGUUCCGUCCAAAGAAUCAGCAUCUGAGGACAGCUUAUAUCAACGUCCUCCUCAGCCUGAUCAAGACGCUAUGCCAGCCGACUCAGGAGCUCUCCAAGGAUGAUCUGAAUGACGCAUAUGCUUCUCUUGCGUACUUGACAAACGCAGGCUUGAAUUUAGAUUGGUUAGAAGAGAAAUUGGAAGAAAUGUCAGAAAAGAAGGAUAAGCAAAAAGCUGGUGAGGAAAGGAUGAAAGAGAUAGAGGAAGAGUUGAAGGAUUUGAAGCAGAAGUUCUCAAACCUGGAAGCUGAGCUGGAGAAGGAGAAAGCAGAUGUGUCUGUGGCCAGAGCUCCUCUAUCAUUUGAUGAUGUUGUUUGAUAGGGUUUAAGUUUGUGUUCUAAGUCGCUUGGAUUUUUAGUUAUGUUUGGUUUUCUAGUUUCUGCAAUGAUCUUAGCCUUAUGACUCUAUAGGUUUCCUUAAUUGCAAUGUGUUUCUUGACGGAAAAGUAACUAUCUUUGGAUGUCUGAACA